AUGACCUCGACCACCCCCUCCACCGACCCCCCCAAGCGCCCCUCAUCCCGCGGACAAAACCUCCCCUCGCGUCCAACAACCCCGUUACGCCCACCAUCACGCUCCUCAUUCCGGGGCAGCGCCUCCGCUCGAUCCUCGCAACAUGGACCCCACGCUCCAACGCCCCUCGAGAGCCUAGAGCCUGCGUUCGCGGAGCUGAGCGACGGGAUGGCGGACCUGGAGGCCAACUUCAUGCACCUGCAGCUCAUGCACGAGAGCCUGGCGCGCUUCUCGGAGAGCUUUGCCGCGUUUCUGUAUGGGCUGGGGAUGAAUGCUUUCUGUGUUGACUUUCCUGAAGCACCCAUCCCCGAGUCCUUCAAGCGCGCCGUAAAGUACUCCCACCCACUCCACGACUCCCGUCUCCCAACCUCCUCCUACCAGAAUCCCGAUCCCAAUCACGACCCGGAUGCUACCUUCCUAACCACCGACACCUCCUUUGUCGAGAAUCCGCCCUCCUCGAAAGCUGCGACGAAGUUCAGCACGCCCGCUCCCUCGCGGAUAGGCAGGGGUGGUGCUGGUGUGGGAGGCGGGGGUAACGGUCGUGGCGGCGCGGCGGGAGGAAGAGGGGUGGGGAGAACGAGGGGCAGUGGGAUUGCGAGGGGAGCUGGGCGAGGGAGAGGUGGGGGGAGGGGUGGUGCGUAA